ACUGGCCCGCCAAGAGCACUGGCAUUAAAUUACGCCCAUGAAGUCCCUAUCCCGGUGGUCCUUCCCCUUAAAUAUGGAUAAAGUCGAAGGACGAAAAUCGGUGCAAAUCAAAAUGACCGCCUGAACCGGUUCCCAAGCUACAUAAACCCGAAGGCAGACGAAACGCCAAAAAGAAACAGCCGAAUAUGGAAAAAUAAUGUCGCAGGUUCGAAUCCCGGAAGGCACAACGGAAAUGAAGCUGAGGAGACUGGUGGGCAUUCUCAAGGACAAAGCCGCAGUAAGCAGGGCCGUUGCAAACUCCCAAUUCGCAUCGCUCCACGUAGCGAUCUUGAGAGCCACGAGCCACGAGGAGGCGCCGCCGAAUGAGAAACACGUGGCGGCGAUACUGGCGGCGGGAGGGUGCAGCUCUCGGCUGCGCGCAUCGAGGUGCGUGGCGGAGCUCAUGGAGCGCCUCACAAAGACGCGAAACUGGGCGGUGGCGCUCAAGUGCCUUAUACUGGUUCACAGGAUCCUCAGAGAGGGGUCUUUCAUUUUUCAAGACCAGCUCAGCCUUUACCCCUUUCGUGGGGGUCGGAAUUACCUCAAUCUCUCGAAUUUCAGGGACCCCUCGAGCGCAGUCACAUGGGAGGUCUCGAAUUGGAUCAGGUCCUAUGCGACCUACAUGGACCAGUGGCUCUCCACCUGUCGUGUCCUCGGGGCCUUCUUCGGCCGCAGCCUGGAGCCCUGUAUGGCCACUGGACUCCCGAAUGCUGAGCUGGCGACGGAACUGGCGGCGCUGAGGGAUUUGCUGGCGGCGGCCUGCGAGUGUUGCCAGCCUCUCGCGCCGGGAAACUCUGUGGUGUUGGGGGCUCUCGGGGUUGUGCUCGCCGACACGUGGGAGUUACAGGAGGAAGUUUUGCACAGGCUAGAGGAGGUACGGGAGCGAAUGGUGGGGCUGUCACCGGGAGAAGCGGUGGAGUUUCUGCCGGUUGUGGAGGCGCUGGCGGCGCAGGAAGAUAUUUUUGGGGGCUUGUUAAGGGUGGACUUGGCCGGAAUCGGUUGUCUCCAAGCGACCGUGCGGGCCAAGGGUUUAUCGGCCAAGGUUAGGGAUAGUCUCAGGGCUGUUUCCGAAUUUAAGCCCCUGGUCACGCGGAUUAAGUUGGGAUGGUCGCGGGAUAAUUUCUCGCAGUCUGCUAGGUUUGUUAGGGAUAGUGCUAAUGGAUUUCACAGCGGCUCUGCGAGAUCUCAAGGCGUAAUUUUGGAGAGGGUUGCCAGCGAUCAUUGGAUUUAUGAUGGAAAUGAAUCGUUGAUUUGAGGAUUAUGGUGGGAAAUUUAUUGAUUAGUUGAGAAAUCGAGUGUAUUGUUACUGUUAUCAUUGUUUUGGAGGUCGACGGUUCGAACCACAAUGGCUGUAUAAUUGGGCAUUUCACCCUCCAAGAGUAUGCGAAAAGUCAGGUGUACAGAAUAAUUUGAAAUAAUUUUACCCGCAAAAUUGUAUCGCGUAAAGGAGGAUUUUUGGGGAAGGGGAGUUUAAAUACAUAGAAGUAGGUAUAAUGAUCAGAGCACCGGUAGAUGCAUUGGAUGGUGCCAGUUUUACCUGUAAUUGAUGGGAUCAGAUAUUUUGUUAACGUAUUUGUAUUUUUGCUUAAGAUAGGAGAAGAGUGGGGUAAAGUAACCAGGCAGGAGUAGGGUACGUGGAGUGAAAUUGCACACGUCUCUAAUCCUGGUUGGCUGCUGGUUCAAACAAUAGUUUGAGUCUUAAAUUCUUUGGGCGUGAAUUUUUUUUUUUGUAUGCCAAUCAUUUCCCAAUUCUUGUAGCG